AAAACGGGUAAAGCAAGCUUGCUAACCCUGCAGGCUUGCAUGUUUCAAGACCGGCACAAAGGUCGAAAGUAGGGCGAGUGGAUAGAUAUAUAUGUUAGGGCAGGUUUAUGACUGAUUUGCUUGUCUAGACAGACUCUCACCUCGAAGAACUAUCUCGGGGGGAGUAGCGCGAGCGCUGCGUCGUGCCUUAAACAGUUUAGUUGUUUUUAGCCGCGGUUAAGGAGCAGUGAUCAUGGCUAUGGUAGGACUGAGAGCCUCCUAUCACAGGGUGCUGGGCAGGAUCGAGCAUUUACUGCCUGCCAAACUGAGACCUGUGUACAACCACCCUGCAGGUCCCAAGACGGUUUUCUUCUGGGCACCAAUGUUUAAAUGGGGCCUGGUGAUAGCUGGUUUAGCAGACCUAACCAGACCAGCUGAAAAACUCAGCACAUCGCAGUCUGCAGUGCUGACAGCAACAGGUCUUAUCUGGUCCAGGUAUUCACUGGUUAUUAUACCAAAGAACUGGAAUCUGUUUGCUGUCAACUUCUUUGUUGGAGGUGCAGGUGCAUCUCAGCUCUUCCGAAUAUGGAAGUACAACCAACAACAGAAAGCAAAGAAGACUGCAGAGGCUUAAUGCUGCUGACACAUCAGAGCCAUUUGAUGGACUGAAAGGGAAUCCAGGUUAAGUUAAUCCUCAGAAAACUACGGCCACCUUUUUUAGUGUGUUACAUUUUUAUCAUCUAGUGUAAUCCGUUGUUACUUAGUAAACCCUAACUGCUCUGAUGAAAACAAAUGUCAAUGACGCACAAUACUAAUACAAUAAGCAGUUUUCUGUACAGUAGUAAGUUCUUUAAUCACAUUUAAAAGAGGUGCUUUUCCUGAUUCUUUAUAAUUGCAAUCUUAAUACUUCCUAUAGACACCUCAAUUAAUGUAAUGCAAGGAAUAGCUCAAGAUAAAUUGGAAUUCUUGGAGAAAUAUUUAUUUAGCAGUUGUAGACAUUAAAACAUAUUUGUUUUAAUUUGUUAGUCAUAUAAGAAAUAACAUUUUUGGUGGUACCCAUGCAUUUUGUCUGACUACUUGUCAAGUUAAAUUGAGUUAUAAAUAAAACGUACAUUAAAGUGAACAUAUUCCUAAAUCACAGUGUAUUUCUUUAUAGUUCCUCUAUAGAAUAUUGGGAAGCAGUAUUACUAGUAAAGCAUUUUCAGAGAUACCACUAUAGAAAAAUGGAAUAAAAGGUUUUCAUUUUUUCCUUCAACUUGUGUGUGUGUGUGUAAUGUUAUAUAUAUAUAUAUAUAUAUAUAUAUAUAUAUAUAUAUAUAUAUAUAUAUAUAUAUAUAAUAUGAAUGAAUGAUACCGAAAACCGAAUAUCUGUGUCCAACAAUUUUGCAUCAAGCUUUUUAAAUGUCAUUUAAUUUCUCGUUCCUGUUUUGAAGCAGUAUAACCAGGUGCAUAUUUGGCAUCCACCACACCACAGAGAAGGUGUAUAACAGACGUUUAAAUUCAAAAUAAGUGUUCUGAAAAUAGACAUUGUUUGUUCCUGAAGUGUUUAAAAGCAAUCAUGCUGUCUGGUAAAUCAUUUAGAAGCUUAAUAAUACAUAAUCACAAGCUUAAUCACAUCAGUUUGUAAAUUGUCUAAAUGCUGUCAAAUUUUCAAAAGCUGUCAAACUAUCUGUGAUACACAAGAUUGUUUAAUGUUGUAGAGUUGUAAUGUUUAAAUGCUAAUCCUAAAUUGGAAAUGUAAACAUCAGAACAUAAUUGCUAAAUAAAUUGGUGAGUUAUUUCAGCGCCAGUGUAAGAAAGUGUCAAAAUUGACACUGAGGCUCCUGGUUAUCAAAUGCUGUAAGAGUUUUCAUAGAAGCGGUCUACAAUAACAAGCAAUUUCUCAAAUUACUUAACACUUUUUUUUUUUUUUUUUGCUUCUUCUUCAAUGGCGUAAAAGCAUGAAUCAUUGAAGCUUUCCAGCCAACCGUGUUAAGAAAGUGGUUCAUUUCUUGAGUCCAUCCAGUGUCCACUACAGGCCUCUAGUGAUCAAAAAAAGACCUGUACCAUGUGUUUUUAGACUGUAAUUUUAAACUCACCUUCAAAUCUGCCUAUUUUUUUUUUUUUUCUUUCAAAUGUUUGUAACAAUGCCUGUAGCCGUACUUCCUUCAAUGCAAAAAAAAAAUUGUCCAUGCUUUAAGUAGCUGUCAUACUGAUUAUUGUAAUACUUUGUUUAUUGGUCUACCAGCUUAAACCUUGAACAAAUUUCAAUAAAUACUCCUGGAAUACUAA